AUGUCUAGGCUCGGAAGGACUCAACUUCUGGCGACAGCACAGGUGAAAAGAUCGACCACCGAACAUUCGGUCGUGAAUUUUCCCAAACGUACGAAACACGCGAAUCACACUCUCACAGCCACGGAACAACUAGAAGAAAUUGAAAACAUGACGGAUACGACAGCCAACACUCAGAAAAGGGCUAACUUUUCGGCUCUAACCGUGGCCAACCCAAAUGGUGUUAACAAAAUAUCACCCAACACCACAAACGCAAAACCAGGAUCAGCUAAAAAACUGAUUAUCAAAAACUUCAAAAACAAACCAAAGCUUCCGGAUAACUACCAGGAGCGAACAUGGGAAAAAUUGCGGGAAGCUGUGGUAGCUAUACAGACAAGUAAAAGUAUCCGGUAUUCUUUGGAAGAGUUAUACCAGGCGGUAGAAAAUAUGUGCAAUCACAAAAUGGCUUCAACUCUGUAUGCCAAUCUGACAGAGUUGACAGAAUCUCAUGUCAAAGCUAACAUCGAGCAGUUUCUAGCCGAGUCUAUGGACAGACACAUAUUUCUUAAAAAGAUGAACGAAUGCUGGCAGUCACAUUGUCGACAGAUGAUUAUGAUCAGGAGCAUAUUUUUGUAUCUUGACAGAACUUACGUCCUUCAGAAUCCCAGUAUCUCAUCCAUAUGGGACAUGGGGUUACAUUUAUUCAGACUGCACAUCGUGCUGAAUAAUCUCGUGCAGACCAGGUCGGUUGAAGGACUCCUCAUGCUGAUAGAGAAGGAAAGACAGGGGGAUACCGUUGAUCGCACACUUCUUAAAUCGCUACUCAGGAUGUUAUCCGACCUGCAAAUCUAUCAGGAAGCCUUUGAAGCCAAAUUUUUAGUGGCUACCGAAAGGUUGUAUGCCGCAGAAGGACAACGUCUGAUGAAUGAGCAUGAUGUGCCGGAGUAUCUGGCGCAUGUGGACAAACGUCUUCAAGAAGAGAACGAGCGAUUGUUGCACUAUCUCGAUACCUCCACAAAAUGGUCUCUUAUACAUACUGUUGAAAAGCAAUUGUUGUCAGAGCACAUAACAAGUCUGUUGCAAAAGGGCUUGAGCGGUUUGUUGGAUGAAAACCGAACGAGUGACUUAUCGCUGCUCUACAACCUUUACAGCCGUGUUAAAAACGGGCUCAUCGAACUCUGCCUAAAUUUCAAUUGCUACAUAAAAAAAAAAGGGAGAACUAUAGUCAUUGAUCCAGAGAAAGAUAAAACCAUGGUUCAGGAGCUGCUAGACUUCAAAGACAAAAUGGAUAAUAUAGUUAAUACCUGUUUUUUGAGGAAUGAAAAGUUCGGCAAUAGUUUGAAGGAGGCCUUUGAAGCUUUUAUCAACCAACGAGCUAAUAAACCGGCAGAACUUAUCGCUAAAUUCGUAGACUCUAAACUGCGCGCUGGGAACAAGGAGGCCACAGAGGAAGAACUGGAGCGUUUGUUGGACAAAAUAAUGGUACUUUUUCGAUUUAUUCACGGAAAAGAUGUUUUUGAGGCGUUUUACAAAAAAGAUCUGGCCAAACGACUGCUAGUGAACAAAUCAGCUUCCGUUGAUGCGGAAAAGUCAAUGCUCUCCAAGCUGAAACAGGAAUGUGGCGGAGGAUUCACCAGUAAACUUGAAGGGAUGUUUAAAGACAUGGAGCUUAGCAGAGACAUCAAUAUUGCAUUCAAACAAUACGCGGGAAACCUUCAAAACGAGUUUUCCGCCAGCAACUUGGAUCUGACAGUUGCAAUUUUGACCAUGGGAUAUUGGCCAACGUAUCCCGUAUUAGAAGUGACCUUACCUGCCGAAAUGGUACAAUAUCAAGACGUUUUCAACAAGUUUUAUCUUGGCAAACACAGCGGUAGAAAGUUGCAGUGGCAACCGACGCUGGGACAUUGCGUUCUCAAGGCAUGGUUCAAUCAGGGCAACAAAGAGCUGCUGGUCUCGCUGUUCCAAGCAUUGGUGUUGAUCCUAUUUAAUGAUACCGACAAUCUUUCCCUCGAAGAUAUUAAAGCUGCAACCAAUAUAGAAGACGGAGAACUUCGGAGAACUCUGCAGUCGUUAGCUUGCGGGAAGGCUAGAGUUUUGCAGAAGAGUCCAAGAGGUAGAGAUGUUGCUGACAACGACAGGUUCGUCUUUAACGCAGAAUUCACCAAUAAACUCUUCAGAAUCAAGAUUAAUCAAAUCCAAAUGAAAGAAACGAAUGAGGAACAGAAGGCCACCGAAGAAAGAGUCUAUCAAGACAGACAGUACCAGAUAGAUGCGGCUAUAGUCAGAAUAAUGAAAAUGCGCAAGACUCUUACCCACAAUCUCCUCAUCAGCGAACUCUACAACCAACUCAAAUUUCCUGUCAAACCUGCUGACUUGAAAAAGAGAAUUGAAUCACUAAUAGACAGAGACUAUAUGGAGCGAGAUAAGGAUAACGCGAAUCAGUACAACUAUGUAGCGUAACCUCAGCUCAAUGCUAAUGUCGAAAGAGAAGUGGUUGAAUUUGCACUAUACAGCGAAUAUCAACGGGUGGAGGUCAAGACUGCAGUCGAACGCUCAUGUUAAGUACAACAACAAUUCGACGAAUGAUACACAAAGAAAAUCUACAAGUCUAAUUGCCAAUUUUGUAUUGAGGCAGUCCGUUAGCUUUAACCAAGUUCCUACACCGGUGAAUCUGUUUAACUCAAAACGAGCAUUGGUAAACCUUACUGAAAAAAAGGAAGGUGAAACAAAACAGAUCGAAUGGUACGGUGAGUGUACACCAUUCGAUGAUUCGAAAAUGUGCUUCAAAAGUAUUUACAACUCGUCACUAGAUUCAGGUGAAGCUGGCCAUAACGGUGGACGAACAAACGCCCAUUUUUCUCUGAAAGACCCACGCUUAAAUUACUUGCUGAGAGCUUCUUGAGCUUUCUUAGUGAAAACAAACGGUGUUACUAAAUCACAGCUUAACAGGGUCUGGUCCGGAAUAAUAGGAGCUGAAAGAAACUCGGAGGGAACAAAAGUAAAUACUUGUACAGGAGCUUGGAUUACACUAGCAUGAGCACCUUAAUUAGAAUGCUGAACCCUUUGAUUUUGAUUGACUCGUUGUAGCAUUGGUGUGAUAAUAUUGGAAGCUAUACGAAAUUCAGUGAAGAGCAAACUAAAUUGUGCGCAUGUCUUCUAAAGUACAAAAAAGGUGUAUCGUGGGUCUUUAAAAUUGAAACUGGCAUUUUCUCCCAUCUCUCAUUUCAACAAACGCUAGGUCAUCUUAUGAGAGCUUUAGAGAAAGUCUAAAGAUAUAACUGCCUGAACACAGUUUCCACUCUCAAUAGUCGUCGACAUUUGUGUAAAACUUUAAUAAAUGGCACUAGAGCAAAUGCAUUGAGAGUUUGACGGCGGUUGUGAGACAUUAAACAAUUAAUUGAAUGUUGAGUGAAGAACCUAGAGUAAGGAUCAAGAAACUGUUUGGCCCAGCUAGAAUUUGGGGAUUCAGAGACUCCGCCUAUUCCAAGCUAGAUUUUGUCUCAAAUAAUAAUAGAAGCAGGGUCUUGUUUUGGGAAAGUGUGUCCAGUGUUCUUGUGAAUAAUUGAUAUCAAUAAUAGUAAUAAUAAAAAAUAAAUAAAUAUAACAUUUAUAGAAAAAAAAAAAGGUAAAUACAACUAUAACCACCUUUUGUCUGUCGUUGAAAAUCAAAAUAACUAUGAAAGAAUCACUAAACAAGAAUAUAACUGAAAGCUAAACAAUAACAAAACUCUAGAAUAUGAAGAAAUCUAUCAAUAAAAUCAUCAUUCAAGCGACAGAAACAGAUGAAGAUAAAUACUUAUUAUAAUCUAUUAUUACUAAUGGAAGGUGCAUAAUAAAAUGUUGAUAAACCUUGUGGUUUUGUAUUUUCAUGUCGCUUGUGAAAAAAAGUUUCAUUUGCUGAAUUUUCGACCGUGCAAAUUAAUGACAUUAUAUUAGAUGAACCUUUCUAAACCACGUGACGAAUAAAAGGGCUUGGCAGAUUUUUACCGUACAUUUGUUGUCUCUGGUUCACCCAUCGUAGCUUCCAAAUUGCCUUAGCCAUACUCACCAUGAUACAGGGUUAAUUUGGCUAGCAUCAAUGGCACACCGGUAUCACUUGCUUUAUCAUACCUAUGUAGUUUGAAACGUCCGCUAGAAUUUUUUAAGAUAUUAUACGCCAUUCCUAUCAUCGAAUGAAGAUCAGCGUAACCAAGGGUUUAGCAAUCUGCUCCGAGUGAACUAUUCUUUCUUAUGUAAUAUUUCGCAGGAUUGGUCAACAUUGUAAAUAUGAUAAGGUUCCGUACUUGUAAUAAAAUACAACGAAAUACCAGUUCUUGCUAUCCAUUGACAA